UUUACAUGUGAAAACAUUUCCUCUCUUUACUAUAUCACAUCUUUUGUAGCAGUCAACUUCAUCAGCUUUCGUUGUCUAGUUUUUUCUUAUUCUUUAUAGAUCCUACUAUAGAAGAAGAUCGCUUCUUCUUUUUUUAUAUUUUCCUUCUCUUUUUACUGGCUCCCGUUUCUCUUUAUCCAGCGUCGUUCUAUUUCUUUUAACUCUCACCACCACCACCUCCACCACCACCACCACCACCACCACCAGAUCCACCGCCCGCCUCCACCACCACCACCUACGGUGCAAUAACGGUCAUCUUUAACAUUUGCUCGAUAAUGACCACCUAACAUCAAGCUCGGUGUGGAAAACGUACAUAAACACUUAACCAAAGAAUACUUUUGCCGCUAAUCCCAACUUAGCUGCUCGUUCACUACCGUAUGGAUGCACAACCAACCAUGUAAAACACUCUUCCUCUCUCCUACUUUUCCUCUUUCACCUUCCUCCACCUUUUCCUCGUUUUUGCUCGUUGUAUUCUGCUCUUCUUUUUCAUUCCUUUCUCUCUCUCUCUCUCUCUCUCCUGUUUAUCUUUGCUGUGUACUUUUCGGAUUCAAACCUCUACAACUUAUAAUUGUCGCCUGGAUUGUAUAUUCUUCUAUAGCAGCAAAAGACGAACAACAAACAGUCUUUUAGUUCGGUCAUUCGUGGACUAUGCAUCGAGAAUUUUUCUUGUUUUGUUUCAUUCUUCGCUGCCCUUUUAUGUUGCAAGUUCUCUUUGAUAUUUCUCCCUAUCAACUGAUCGCUAGCAGCAGUUGAAAUGAAAAACAAUCACCGUGGAUGUAUUCUACUUUUGCGGAGUCUCUCUUAACUUGUUACUAUGCUCCAUGCAGCCAGCUCAGGGCAAACUUAUGUUUUUAACAAAAUAGAGGGGGUUAGUCAGAACCCCCAGCGAGUAAUACAUCCUUUACCUCACAGAACUACCCACACCACAUCUAAAAAAAAAACAUCUUAUCUACCCUGCACAAAUUUUGACAAGUAAAUAAUCCUUCAGUCACAACUCUCUCUCUCUCUCUCACACACACAUACACACACAAAUACACACAUACACAUACACAAACACACACACACACACAAACAAACACACACACACACACCACACACACACACACACACACAACACACACACACACGCACACACAAAGAAAAAAUAACCCUCCUCAAAUAGAAGUUACCGAUCGUGAUGCCGCGGCCGGGAAACCAUGGCUGUUUUUCAUUCCUCCACCUACAGGAGGAUAAUGCGCGUUUCUUGUUGCUUUUCGUUGUUAUGAUGGGCUACCUUGUGUUUGGAGCCGGCAUCUUCAUGAUUCUGGAGUCUCCGAACGAAGAGGCUGAACGAAUAAAAAUCAACGCCUCGGUUGAGGCUUUUCUGGAAAGAUACCCGGAGGCAAACCGCACCGAUCUGGAAUUACUCCUACUCGAAUAUGCCCGCGCAAGUGCCGCCGGCUUUGUCGAAAGUAAAGCGGCUCGUUGGGACUUCGUUGGAUCAUUUUACUUUGUUGGUACUGUUGUUUCAACUAUAGGUUUUGGUAUGACAACACCAAGCACACCUAAUGGAAAAAUUCUUUUAAUUUUCUAUGGAUUUUUCGGCUGUGCAGGUGCCAUUUUAUUUUUUAACUUAUUUCUUGAACGAAUCAUUACAUUCUUGGCACAUAUCUUAAAAAGUAUUCAUGAAAAAAGCCAGCGCCAAAAGUCCAGCCAGGUUUCUGAGAAACACGACAGUGACAGGCGAGAUUCGUCUGUUUCAGAAGAUAGUUUAGAUGCAUGGAAACCCUCCGUAUAUUGGGUUAUGCUAAUCCUUCUCUGUGGUGCCGUUUUGGUUGCUUGCUGCGCUUCAGCUAUGUAUCAUUCCGUCGAAAACUGGAGCUACUUUGAAUCGAUAUAUUUUUGUUUUGUUACCUUUUCUACAAUUGGCUUCGGAGACUAUACAGUGGGUCAAAAAACCCAGUAUGACUACAUUCACUUGUAUCGACUUGGAAAUUUUGUAUUUAUUAUUAUAGGAUGCUGUUGUAUAUACAGCUUAUUCAAUGUGGCCUCUAUUAUUAUAAAGCAAUUUUUAAACUGGAUUUUACGUAAAUUAAACUGUCGCUGUCAAUGUCGUCGAGAAAUGCCGACAUUUCGAGCCAGACGCAACGCUAUUACUCCUGGAAUACGACAGAGUCAACGUAAGGCCAAAUCAGACAGUGUAACAAUGGUAGAUGUAGAUUACGACAGUGAUAAUGAAUAUCGACGUACGUCUGGGGAAAUGAUAUCGAUGCAUGAUUUCUUGCAAGCUAAAAAUAUUAAUAUUGCCAUGAUGCAAAAACGUCUUUGGGAAACAGCACAGCGUGGCAUGUUACAACAAGCUCAAAAUGAAAGUGGAUUCCAUGGCGGUGUCGGGCCUCUUGCCAUAUUGAACAGAAAACUCGGCAAAGAUGAGAUAUGAUCAGAAACUUAACAAAUAUUUUAGUCACUUUAUUUAAUCAAAAAUAUAAACAUUUGAGGCUAACAUUGACACGUUAAAAUAGCUUGAUAUGAUAACAGAAAUUUCUCACCACAAAAAUUCGAUGCUUCCAGACAAGAAACUGUUAAUUUCUUGUGCUUCAGAAUAUUUAAUUUCUUACAAAAUAUCGACACCUUUGAGACAAUAAAAUUUAACUUGACCGAAAGGCUUAUUUUUCAGAAAAAGAAAACAUUUUUAGAAUGAAAAACUAAUUAACUAAACGGCAGAAGAAAAGAAAUGUUUUUAGUCUUUGUGUUAAUAUAUGGUUCAUACAUUGAAUGUGUGAUUUUUUAAUUGUUAAUUGAAGGUUAGUUAAUGAAAUGUUGUUGUAAGAGAAGACAGGUUUGGGGGUUAGGUUUUUAUUUUAAAAAAUCAUUAUUAUGUUUAAUUAAAACUGAGUGUUGCUGCUAAAACAUAUGUGAUCUAAAUAUUACUAUGAGUGGCGUGUUCACUCUUAGUCACAUUUCAACAGAAAUUUGUUAUUGAUUUAUUUACACCCAAACUUCGCCACGAAAAUCACGACUCGUAAAUUUCCGAUAAUAAUUUUUUAAGCGUAAUGGAAUAUGGUUUUUCCUUAGCUGUAUGAUUCAAUGAUGUUCAUUUGAAUAUAAUGAAAUAAAAUGAGAUUAUAUUAA